ACUCGUGACCCAACAACAAAACAGCGAUGCCAAGGCGCUAACGGCGCCCGGUGCGUCCCAAGCUCCCUUCUGGCCCCACACCUCCUACGGCUGCGGUCCCCGACACCCCCCACCCGAGCCCCCCUUCUCCCCAACUAGCCUAGCCGCAAGCUCCGAGCGCGAUCGGCAACAAUGUUUACGUUCCGGGGAUUAUGACGUCGACGCCUCCCCCCCCACAACUGCUGAAAAUGGUUUCCUAGGACUUUGCAAACGGAUCUGCUUAAGUGUUGGUGCAAAACUUUGUAGAUAUCGGCUCUGGCUUGCUCUAUUUAUUUAUUUUUUUGGUUUCUUUUCUUUGGUCUUCCCUCCUUUCCCCCUCCGCCAAAAUGCAGGGGGCAGGAGUGUUGACAAUUAAUUGGUGAACUCUCCUAAAAAAAUGGAGGCAGAGAAAGACUCUGGAAGAAGAUUGCGUGCGAUUGACCGCCAGAGAUACGACGAGAACGAAGACUUGUCGGACGUGGAGGAAAUUGUCAGCGUCCGUGGCUUCAGCCUGGAGGAGAAGCUACGUAGCCAGCUAUACCAGGGGGACUUCGUGCAUGCCAUGGAAGGCAAAGAUUUUAACUAUGAGUACGUACAGAGAGAAGCUCUCAGGGUCCCCCUGGUUUUUCGGGACAAGGAUGGACUAGGGAUCAAGAUGCCAGACCCUGAUUUCACAGUCCGAGACGUCAAACUCCUGGUGGGGAGUCGCCGUUUGGUGGAUGUGAUGGACGUGAACACCCAGAAGGGGACCGAGAUGAGCAUGUCCCAGUUUGUGCGUUACUACGAGACGCCAGAGGCACAGCGGGACAAACUGUACAAUGUCAUCAGCCUCGAGUUUAGCCAUACGAAGCUGGAACAUCUGGUCAAGCGUCCCACUGUGGUGGACCUGGUGGACUGGGUGGACAACAUGUGGCCCCAGCACCUGAAGGAGAAGCAGACGGAAGCCACAAACGCCCUUGCAGAGAUGAAGUACCCCAAAGUGAAGAAGUACUGUCUGAUGAGCGUGAAGGGGUGUUUCACUGACUUCCACAUUGACUUUGGAGGCACCUCCGUGUGGUACCAUGUUUUCCGUGGUGGGAAGAUCUUUUGGCUAAUCCCGCCAACCCUGCACAACUUGGCUCUGUAUGAGGAGUGGGUGCUGUCUGGCAAACAGAGCGACAUCUUUCUGGGAGACCGCGUGGAACGCUGCCAAAGGAUUGAGCUGAAGCAAGGCUACACCUUUUUCAUCCCUUCUGGUUGGAUCCAUGCAGUGUACACACCCGUGGACUCUCUGGUGUUCGGCGGGAACAUCCUGCACAGCUUCAACGUGCCCAUGCAGCUGCGGAUCUACGAGAUCGAGGACAGGACCCGGGUUCAACCCAAGUUCCGUUACCCCUUCUACUAUGAGAUGUGCUGGUAUGUCUUGGAGAGAUAUGUGUACUGUGUGACCCAGCGCUCCUACCUCACUCAGGAAUACCAGAGAGAAUUAAUGCUGAUUGAUGCCCCAAGAAAAAACAGCGUAGACGGCUUCUCAUCCGAUUCCUGGCUAGAGAUGGAGGAGGAGUCCUGUGAGCAACAACCCCAGGAGGAGGAGGACAAAGAGGAGGAAGGGGAUGGUGCAGAUAAAACACCCAAGCCACCCACUGACGGCCCCACCUCACCCACCAGCACCCUGUCGGAAGACCAGGACAGCACAGGGAAGAAGCACAAAGCCCCUGCCAUGCGAUUCCUCAAGAGGACUUUGUCCAAUGAGUCAGAGGAAAGUGUCAAGUCCACAGCGAUGCCCAUAGACUACCCCAAGACGCCCACAGGCUCCCCGGCCACUGAGGUCUCUACCAAGUGGACUCACCUUACUGAAUUUGAACUGAAGGGCUUGAAAGCCCUGGUUGAAAAGCUGGAGUCUCUUCCAGAGAAUAAGAAGUGUGUCCCUGAGGGAAUCGAAGACCCCCAGGCCCUCCUGGAAGGCGUAAAGAAUGUACUGAAGGAACAUGUGGAUGACGACCCCAGCCUGGCCAUCACCGGGGUCCCCGUGGUCAGUUGGCCAAAGAAAACUCCAAAGGCAAACAGAAGAGCAGAGAGGACCGAGGCCCCAAUUCCUUCUGAGGCCGACAGGCCUGCCGGCUCUGGGCUGGGGGGCCUCUGGACUCGAGGGCAUCAGAUCCCGAUCUCCGAGCGCACGCAGAUCCUGCUGCAGGAGACCUGGGAACCCGUGCCUGGCGUUGCAUGUAGGGUGGUCUCCCGUGGCCAUUGGACCGGGGACUCACGAGACUCCCCGAGGGACCACACAAAAGACCCCACCCCAAGACGGGUGUGCAUUUCCUGUGGCAGCCGCGGCAGCGGCAGCGGCGCCGUGCAAGCCACCUAUGUGUAUCCCGCAGCGCGCGCGGACCCGUUCGGGCGGGGCGCGGGGCACGCCCCCACGCAGCCCCAGUCCCCCGUGCUACGCGCCCCACGGCCGCCCUCCACGGGUCCGCCCCCGUGUCACCACAGGCCGGGCUCCCUUUGUGUGCGGGCCGAGCACCGCGGCCGCGUCAUUGGCCCGCCCGCCCGGGGGGCCAGCCCCUUCCUGGCUCGCCUCAUGCAUAUGCAUGAACACCGGCCCCGCCCCGCCCCCUCCCGCGCGGGCGUGCGAGGCGCGCGGUGGCGGCGGCUCCCUCCUCGCCGCGCGGGAGCCCGAGCGCUAGCCAGGCCAGUGCUGCCCCACACCGCCGUGUGCCUUGUGUGUGGCGAGGCAGGGAAGGAGGACACAGUGGAAGAGGAAGAAGGCAAGUUUAACCUCAUGCUCAUGGAGUGCUCCAUCUGCAACGAGAUCAUCCACCCUGGAUGCCUUAAGAUUAAGGAAUCGGAGGGUGUGGUCAACGAUGAGCUUCCUAACUGCUGGGAGUGUCCGAAGUGUAACCAUGCCGGCAAGACCGGGAAACAAAAGCGUGGCCCUGGCUUUAAGUAUGCCUCCAACCUGCCUGGCUCCUUGCUCAAGGAGCAGAAGAUGAACCGGGACAACAAGGAAGGGCCAGAGCCUGCCAAGCGGAGAAGUGAGUGUGAAGAGGCUCCCCGUCGCAGGUCAGACGAGCACCCCAAGAAGGUGCCUGCAGACGGCAUCCUCCGCCGAAAGUCUGAUGAUGUGCACCUGAGGAGGAAGCGGAAAUAUGAGAAGCCCCAAGAGCUGAGUGGACGGAAGCGAGCCUCGACGCUUCAAACGUCCCCGGGUUCCUCCUCUCACCUCUCGCCGAGGCCCCCUCUAGGCAGCAGUCUCAGCCCUUGGUGGAGAUCCAGUCUCACUUACUUCCAGCAGCAGCUAAAACCUGGCAAAGAAGAUAAGCUUUUCAGGAAAAAGCGGAGAUCCUGGAAGAACGCUGAGGAUCGUCUGUCACUGGCCAACAAGCCCCUUCGGCGCUUCAAGCAGGAACCAGAGGACGAUCUGCCUGAGGCGCCUCCUAAGACCCGGGAGAGUGAUCAGUCACGUUCCAGCUCACCCACUGCUGGGCCCAGCACUGAGGGAGCUGAAGGCCCAGAGGAGAAGAAAAAGGUGAAGAUGCGCCGGAAACGGCGGCUUCCUAACAAGGAGUUGAGCAAAGAGCUAAGCAAGGAGCUCAACCACGAGAUCCAAAAGACAGAGAGUACCUUGGCCCACGAGAACCACCAGCCCAUCAAGUCAGAGCCCGAGAGUGAGAACGAGGAGCCAAAGAGGCCCAUAAGCCACUGCGAGCGCCCCCACCGGUUCAGCAAAGGGCUCAACGGCACUCCCCGGGAGCUGCGGCACUCACUGGGACCUGGCCUACGCAGCCCACCUCGUGUUAUCUCCCGGCCCCCGCCCUCUGCAUCCCCACCCAAGUGCAUCCAGAUGGAGCGUCACGUGAUCCGGCCACCACCCAUCAGCCCCCCACCUGACUCGCUGCCCCUGGAUGAUGGAGCAGCCCAUGUCAUGCAUAGGGAGGUGUGGAUGGCAGUCUUCAGCUACCUCAGCCACCAAGACCUAUGUGUCUGCAUGCGGGUCUGCAGGACCUGGAACCGCUGGUGCUGCGAUAAGCGGUUGUGGACCCGCAUCGACCUGAACCACUGCAGGUCCAUUACACCCCUGAUGCUGAGUGGCAUCAUCCGGCGACAGCCUGUCUCCCUUGACCUCAGCUGGACCAAUAUCUCCAAGAAGCAGCUGAGUUGGCUCAUCAACCGGUUGCCUGGGCUCCGAGACUUGGUGCUGUCAGGCUGCUCAUGGAUUGCUGUCUCAGCCCUCUGUAGCUCCAGUUGUCCAUUGCUCCGGACCCUGGAUGUCCAGUGGGUAGAAGGACUAAAGGAUGCCCAGAUGCGGGAUCUCCUGUCUCCACCCACGGACAACAGGCCAGGUCAGAUGGACAAUCGGAGCAAGCUCCGGAACGUUGUGGAACUGCGCCUGGCUGGCCUGGACAUCACGGACGUCUCCCUGCGGCUCAUCAUUCGCCACAUGCCCCUGCUCUCCAGGCUCCAGCUCAGCUACUGUAACCACGUCACCGACCAGUCCAUCAACCUGCUCACCGCCGUCGGCACAACCACCCGAGACUCUCUGACAGAGAUCAACCUAUCAGACUGCAAUAAGGUCACUGACCAGUGCCUGUCCUUCUUCAAACGCUGUGGAAAUAUCUGUCAUAUUGACCUGAGGUACUGCAAGCAAGUCACCAAGGAAGGCUGUGAGCAGUUCAUAGCUGAAAUGUCUGUGAGUGUCCAAUUUGGGCAAGUGGAAGAGAAACUCCUACAAAAACUAAGUUAGUUACAGGACAAAUAUGUAAAUAUGGAGGGUUGGGGGUAAUACAGCCAGGGAAGGGGAAAGACUGCAAAAACAAGUGGGCCUAUAUUUCCCUUUGGAAUUUGAAACAAGAGACUACAGGACACAGUUCUGUUUUGCAAGUCUUGCCAAGGGAGAAGCCGUUCAACCAGCCAUUUGGGGAUGAGUGAGCCAGAUGUUUUCCUUUGCUCUUUCUGCAUCGUAACUGCACUGCUUUCUGGACCAUUUCUAAGGCGGCCUUUAGAAGACAUUCCAAUUGGAAAGGAGGAUGAGCUUUGGAAAAAUCUUUAGAAGCCUAAGCUUAGUGUUUUUAUCAAUAGUUUUUGUUUGGGGCACCUUGUUCCUUGCAAUGCUGAGGCUUCUGGUGUCAACAAGGAGUGGACCACACACCAUCUGCAGCCGUCGUGACACAUUCUGUUUAGUUGGUUUUGUUACAUCUUACAUUAUGCAGAACUAUUUUUGUAUAAAUUGUUUAAAAAUUAUUUAUGCAAGAUUUGAAUGCAUACCAGUGUUUUUAUUAUUUAGAUUGCCAACUGUCCUUCAGGUAGGGGAGUUAACCUGUACUUCGUCAACAUAAAAAGCCCAUCUCCAGAUGUGCCCAGGUGUGACAGGGGGCUAUGACCUUCCACUUAAAAAAAGCAUGUUUAACUGGAUGCUGAGAGCCUACUGUGUAUGUCAAGAAGUUACACAAGCAUGUUGUGGAUAUGUGUAAAGUAUAGUCCAGGUAAACCACUUUGCCAAGUUUCAAUAGAAUUCACCUCUUCCUCAAAAUUUUACAAUACAGACGUCAGCCUUUACACUCAGGAGGGUUUUGCUCCAAGCAUGAGCUCUUGUAUUCUAUUUACAUAGAUCUAAUUUGUACCACGAAUCAAGUAGAAUAAAUGUGCCCACACCCUUUCCUUUGUCCCCCUCCUCUCAAGUGUUCAGUUCUCACUUAAGUUGUGGUAAGCUGGCUAUUUUCUAGUUGUCAAGUUCUGCAUCCAUGUGUGCCAUUGUUGUUUGAUGGUGUUUCCUAACCUUUCCUUGAUGCAGUUUUACCUUUGUUGGAUUUAUAUAAACAGUUGCA